UUAAAUUCUCCUUUUCGACUUUCGGCAUUGCAAAAGUUAUAAAAUUAAAAAAAAAAAAAAAAACGAAAAGAGACGAAGCAUAUAAUUACAAGUCACAGCAGACAGAUCUGAGAGACACACAUAGACUGGGGUUCGGGUGCUAUGGAGGAGAAGCUGGUACUGAGAUUGGAAUCGGCGGUGGCCCGCUUAGAGGCGCUGUCGACUGGGUUCACUGCCAGGAGCUUGCCGGAGAUUGGUGACGUAGCCCCGCUUGAUCCCUCGAUUUUGGCUUUCGACGACCUGUUGGGUCAGUACUUGGCUAGGGUUUCGGCUGCUGCGGAGAAGAUUGGGGGCCAGGUCCUUGACGUUACCAAGAUUCUCCAAGAAGCUUUUACUGUUCUUAGGGAGCUGCUUGUCAAGGUCAAGCAAACUCAGAAACCAGACCUUGCAGGAUUAGCUGAAUUUCUCAAACCAUUGAAUGAAGUAAUCUCGCAAGCAAAUAAAUUGACAGAAGGGAGGCGAUCUGAUUUUUUUAACCACUUGAAGGCUGCUGUUGAUAGUCUCUCUGCUUUAGCUUGGAUUGCAUACACAGGAAAAGAAUGUGGAAUGAGCAUGCCUACAGCACAUGUCGAAGAGAGUUGGCAGAUGGCUGAAUUUUACAACAACAAGAUUCUUGUAGAGUACAAAAGCAAAGACCCAAACCAUGUAGAAUGGGCCAAAGCCCUGAAGGAGCUCUAUUUUCCUGGUUUGAGGGACUAUGUCAAGAGUAAUUAUCCUUUGGGUCCAGUUUGGAGUUCCACUGGAAAAGCAGUCACUGCUGCUCCUAGACCCAGUGCUCCUGCCCCUCCACCUCCUCCGCCAGUGUCUCUCUUCACAUCUGAAUCUUCUCAGGCAUCAUCAUCAACAGCUUACAAGCAAGGGAUGUCUGCCGUCUUCCAAGAAAUUAAUUCUGGGAAGCCUGUGACUUCUGGUUUGAGAAAGGUUACAGAUGAUAUGAAGACGAAGAAUCGUGCAGAUAGAACUGGCGUUGUUGGUUCUGGGGAAAAAGAAACUCGUACCAGUUCACCUUCAUUUUCUAAGGCAGGUCCUCCAAAGCUAGAACUUCAAAUGGGUCGUAAGUGGGUUGUUGAGAAUCAAAUUGGAAAGAAAAACUUAGUGAUUGAUGACUGUGAUGCAAAGCAAUCUGUAUAUAUUUUUGGAUGCAAAGACUCUGUUUUGCAGGUUCAAGGUAAAGUAAAUAACAUCACUGUAGACAAAUGUACUAAGAUGGGGGUUGUAUUUAAGGAUGUUGUGGCUGCUUUUGAGAUUGUAAACUGCAAUGGGGUGGAGGUGCAAUGUCAGGGAUCAGCUCCAACAAUUUCAGUUGACAAUACAGCAGGCUGCCAAUUAUAUCUUAGCAAAGAUUCUCUUGGGGUGUCAAUAACAACUGCGAAGUCAAGUGAGAUCAAUGUGUUGGUUCCUGGUUCUGAACCAGAUGGUGAUUGGGGGGAACAUUCAUUGCCACAACAGUUUGUUCAUAUAUUUAAGGAUGGUCACUUUGAGACUACUCCAGUCUCCCACUCUGGAGGGUAAUUGGUACUUAUUUCAGUUGCCAAUUGCGUAUGUUGUUCUCUCAUAUCUCCUUGUCAUUGAGCAUUUGGGCUGUGGUUGGGAUUCUAGUCAUCUGUUUUUAUAGUUAAUUGGUUACGGCUUAUAAUGGUGAUGCAUUCACAUUGCUUUCAUUCUUGGCAACCUCGUCAGUUUGAUAAACCUUGGGAAUUUUCAGUUUGUUUCUAUGAGUUUUGGAGUGAGAUCCGUGUAACAGAUAUCAAGCUGUAAAGAGCCAUAUGUUCUUGUAAUGUUCUGCUGUGUAUUUUUUUUUUAUUUAUAUCGAUUUUGUACUUAUAUUUGAAAAUUUUAAAGAUGAAAGUAAUGGUUUUGAAGCUGUUUGCUUUUUGAAA